GGUGAAUUAUUUGGUUCCGUUGAACGCUGGUGGGGGAGGUUGCUUCUUCCGGCUGGGCCGAGAGGAGGCUGCGUUGAAGGACACCGACUGCGGAUUUAGUCACUUUGCAAGAAGACUGAAAUCAUGGCAGGUCCAGAAGCUGAUGCCCAGUUUCAGUUCACUGGUAUUAAAAAGUACUUCAACUCUUAUACUCUCACAGGUAGAAUGAAUUGUGUACUGGCCACGUACGGAGGCAUUGUUUUGACGAUCUUAUACUUCAAGUUAAGAUCUAAGAAAACUCCGGCUGUGAAAGCAACAUAAAUGGAGUCAAACAUCCAAACCUCAUCUAAGUUCCCGUGCCUAGAGAAGCUAAUGUCAGUUCAUUAUGUGAUACUCAAUUUGUACAAUAAAUUAUGAACCUGGAAAA